AGCAAGUGAUGUUGACGGGUGAAUAAAAUCAAAUAUCCGAACUAUGGUUUUGCAUUAGAGUUUAAGGAUUUAUUUCCCACUUCUAAGUUAUAAUCAAGCCAAUUAAAUAGCAAUUUAAUUGAUAAAUAUGAAUCUAUGAAUUUGUAUAAAACCAUAGGUUUUAUAUAUUCCUUGACAUAACUUCAUAUGUUUUGCAUUCAAUAUCUAAAUGAAAAAGGAUUUAUUGUGGAAGUUUAUUUUACUUUUCUGUUUAAAAAUGAAUCAUUCAAUGUUUCAAGAUCAUAUUAUCACGUGGGAUAUUAAUAACAAGCUAUUUUCUUCAAAUGUAACAACGUUCAAAGUAAAAGAAGGUGACAACAUAGUUUUCAUAUGUUCUAGUGAUGUAAGAAGAAAUCAGAGAUUAUUCUGGACAAUGAGCAAAGAUACAUACGAUGACUGUGGUGCAUCAAGUUCAUCUCAAGCUGUGAAACUAAUGGAUUGCAGUCAAAGCCCCAAGAAUACAGAGUUUAUCCUGAAAGUAGCACGAUUUUCAGAAAUUCCUUAUUCUCCACAUUUUCGAGAAAAUGAUUAUGUUUACUUUUUGGGUCAACAUGAUUUAUGUUCAAUUUACAAUCUUCGUAUUGCUAUUAAAUUAAUGCCCGAUACACAUGUAAAUAAUAAUGAAGAGAUAUCAACACCUACUUCUAAAUUCAAUGUUUUGUUUGAUGAUACAUCUAAGACUCCUAAUACUGUUACUCCAGAUGUGUACAAAUCAAAUCCACAUAGAACUGAAACAUUGUCAGCAUGGACGCGUUAUCGAUUUCUCCUUAUUCCAGGUUCACUUGGAUUUCUUACACUAAUUGGAAUACAGGCUGUGAUUUGUGCAUUAUGGCAUCCAAAAAAGUCAUCUCAAUGUAGAGCAUGUUGUUCAUCACAUGUAGUAAAUAAUAAAACCAAUGAUGAAACUGAUGAUACAGAUGAAAUUUCUACAACACCUAUACAGUUGCUAGAAAAAUCAUUCAGCAGAAAACAAUAUGAAAAUUAUCAAAAUCAAUCUAUGCAUCCGACAAGUUCACCAACAACGCAUUCACCUUUAAAUGAACAUUAUCUCAAAGAAAAUUUUAUUAAUAAUAAUAAUAAUAAUAAUUCUAAGCAAAAUUCCAAUAUUGUUAACGAUAUUGUACACGAUACAUUUAUAUUAGAUAAGGAGAGUUUGGAAAAAUCACCAUCUACUACUAUACAAGUAAUUACUGAUAGUGAACUACCAAUCCUCACUAUACCUACAACACAACAAACAUCAUUAAUAAAUCCUAAUUAUAAUGUACAGUUGUAUACAUGUCCAUAUUCAAUUGACAGUAAUUUGACGUGUUUAGUUCCAGUGAAAGUGAAUAAAUCCACUGAGAUUUUUUCUACUGAUAUAGUUAAUUUAGGAAGUGUUAUUAAUAUAUCAGUGUAAUUUAUUGUAUAUUUUUGUGCUUUUUUUAAUGAUUAUUAUUUUUGUGAGAAACAUUGAAAAUUAUCCACG